UUCGAGGUUGUCUGGAUUUGUGUCUCUCUCUAAAACCCUCUCCCUUCCAGGUGAGGAGGAUCCCCCAGGCUUCCUGCUCUCGGAGGAUUUUGUUCACCUCGGCGCACCCCCGUCGGACCGCCACCCAUGGGGAACCACGGCUCGAACCUGGACGACAUCCUGGCGGAGGACAUGCACCACUGGUACAACAAGUUCAUGCGAGAGUCUCCGUCGGGCCUCAUCACGCUGUUCGAGCUGAAGGCCAUCCUGGGCCUGAGGGGCAUGACGGAGAACGCCAACAGCUACGUGGAACAGGUCUUCUUCACCUUCGACAUGGAUGGGGACGGAUACAUCGACUUUGUCGAGUACAUUGCGGCCAUCAGUCUGAUGCUGAAAGGAGAAAUCAACCAGAAACUAAAGUGGUACUUCAAACUGUUCGACCAGGACGGCAACGGCAAGAUCGACAAGGAAGAACUGGAGACCAUCUUCUCGGCCAUCCAGGACAUCACACGGAACAGAGACAUCGACCCCGAGGAAAUCGUCUCGCUCAUAUUUGAGCGGAUCGAUGUGAAUGGAGAAGGUGAGCUGACCCUGGAGGAGUUCAUCGAGGGCGCCAAAGACCACGACGACAUCAUGGACAUGCUGAAGAAAAUGAUGGACCUGACGCCAGUGUUAGUCAUCAUCGUGGAGGGCCUGAAGGGAUGACAGCGCUCUGGCACAAAGACUGACUGAAGCAGAAACCCUCCCCACCCCAGAUAAUACCCAUCAACCCUCACUG